AUGGAAGAAGAGUUUUAUAAUGCGUUUGCUUCAUCCCCGACUACUCCAGCUGCCAUUGCUCAAAGUAUGAACAUGGAGAACGAAACCGGAACUUUGCAAAAGCCCCCGAAGCUUAUGGGAAUCGAGGAGUAUUAUGGAUGGAAAGAUCGGUUCGAAAACUGGGUACAAGCCAAUCACUUGAGGUCUUGGGAAUGCAUUGAGAAGAAGUAUGUUCGACCUCGUACAGAUUUUGGUGUAACAAAAGCAAUUUCUGAACUGAAUGACAAAGAAAGAGACAUGUAUAAAGAAGAAAAGAUGAUGAUCAGUCUUUUACAGCAAGCUCAAAAGAUUGUGAGGAUGAAUUAUCCGAGUGGUCAACAAGAUAUUAAGAUGUAUUACAAAGGAGGUGUUCAAGAUGUUGAAAUGAGUCCUAAAAUCCAAACUGCUUUUAGUGCUGGAAAUUCAUCCGAUUCAGUCAAUCAAAGUCCUAACAGCAGCAGUGGAAUUUCUUCGUAUCCUAGUGUGAAUCCAAAGAGUUCAACUACAAGCUUCCAACAUCAAAGCUCAAAAAAUGGAAAUGGUUGUGUGAUACAGUGCAACAUUGCAUUGAAUCUUCCAAAUGGUCAGAAUCGCUUAGAGAAGUUGAAGAAGAAACGAGCAGCAAAAGAGUUGAAAAAGGAGAAAGUUGAAGAAGUUAAAAUUGAUGAAAAGGUAGGUAAAGAAGAAAAGGUGGUUGAAGUUGAUAAAGCUGUUGAAUUCAAGAUCAUUGAAGUAGAGAAGAAAUGUGAAAGUGUUGAUCAAGAAAGAAAUUCUGAACAUAGUGACAGAGUUCAAUUUGCUAAAGAAGUGUUUCAAGUGGUCGAUCAGGUGUUGGAUAAAGAUGAGGAGUUUGAGUCUGGAAAUUCGAGUUCGUCGGUCAACAGUCCAAAGACGUUGGUUAAACGGGCUUACAGUAAAGAGUUGUGGCUUUCCGGAACUCCCAGAGACAAUGCAGGUUUAAAAUUUGAGAAGAGCCAGGUUCCGAUACCUGAAGAAUCUGUGGUUAGAGUGAGCCAGGUUUAG